AUGACCGCAACAUCAGAAGAUACGGCCGGGCCAUAUGCGCAGUUCAUCCUCUUUGGUGACUCGAUUACUCAGAUGUCUAACAACCAGGAUAUUGGUUUUGGUUUUCACCCUGCUUUGCAAGAAGCAUACAGCCGCAAGUUGGACAUUAUCAACCGUGGGUUUUCCGGUUAUACUACGGCUCAUGCCAUCCAAGUGUUCCCGAGAUUCUUCCCAUCCCCUGAAGUGGCCAGUGUGCGAUUAAUGACUGUUUUCUUUGGAGCCAAUGAUGCAGCAGUUCCAGGUCAUCCCCAACAUGUACCAUUGGAGCAAUACAAAGAGAAUCUGAAAAAGAUCAUUCAACAUCCUGCCACUCGAGCGCAAGGCCCACGCAUUCUGAUCAUCACCCCACCACCGGUCAAUGAGUAUCAACUUGAAUUCUUCGACAAGAGCAAGGAUAUCCCCCAUCCGAGCCGUACUGCGGCCAUUACGAAAACCUACGCUCAGGCAGCGAAAGAGGUUGCGGCAGCAUUGAACGUUCCAGUAGUGGACAUUUGGUCCGCAUUGAUGGGCUCGACCGGUUGGCAAGAAGGACAGCCUUUGCCUGGAUCCCGAGAUCUGCCCAAUGACGAGAAGCUCAGUAGUCUGUUUCUUGACGGUCUCCAUCUUACACCUGCAGGAUACCGCAUUGUGUAUGACCAGAUUAUUCAGAAAAUUGCGGACACUUGGCCCGACCAACAUCCGGACCAACUACGCUUUGUGUUUCCUUCCUGGGUGGAUGCUCCCAAAUAA